UAUAAAAACGUUACUCAUCGUUGGAUACGUUCUACAAGUGAAAAUUUCUUUUAGCAGAACAUUACACACAUAAUAGCCCGCGAAGAACUCUGAAUGAUUUGUUUUGAGUGUCCAAAUCAUUUUUUUUCUGAGAUAUUUACGACUGUCUCAAUGGCUUAAAAAAUAAAUUAAUUUUAAGUAUGUGGUAUGAUGAUAGACCAGCGAAUGAUUUUAACUGAGAUACUCAACUGGAUCUCUGUUUAUUAAAUGCUUAUAAGUAAAAGUAAACAAAGUGUCAAAGUGUUGAUAUUUCAAUUACCUCCAACCAACGAACAGAUUAUUGAAUUAUGAAAAAAGAAGGAAAAAGUGUUGUUAAAGCAGCGAUUUUCUGUGGUGUGUUUUGGUGUGUGAAGAGGUAUUAAAUGAGAAAAAUUUUUCGAUGCUAAACGAAAAGUUUGAUGGUAACGUUAAAUACUUUAUGAGUGUUAGACGAGCAAUGGAUAACAUUUACGAUCACCUAUAAUUCGGGCAUUUUAAUUUAUGCUUCCGUAAGAUGGACCAUCAAUGGCAUCAUACGAGUGUAAAGGACUACUUACAAUCGAUAAACCAUUCAGCCAUCUACAAUCGAAGCGAUGAUGAUCUGGCAUUCCACACCGCAGCCAGUUGGUUUGAGUCGGGCCCCAUCGUACUGCUAGUAAUAUUAUAUUGCAUUGUGGUUUUCGGCGGUGUAUUUGGAAAUGCUUCGCUGGUAAUUACAUUGUGCACGCAAACGCCGACCCGUUUUCGAAAUCCAUUAUUGGUGGCACUGUGUUUGGCUGAUUUGAUGGUGACUGGUGUCUCAGCACCAUUGACGAUUGUGGCAUUAGCAUUGGCAAAUCAAACGUGGUCGUUGACUGUUGCCAGCUGUAAAGCGAUUUACUUUAUGCAGUCAAUGCCAGUCGCCGCCAGCACUAUUAGUUUGCUAAUGCUAUCAUUAGAUCGUUAUGCAACGGUAAAACAUCCCCGACUCGCUCAAUUACGCGAACAACGAUUUCUACCAGUUGUGCUGGCAUUUGCAGCAUGGUUCAGUGCAAUUAUCUUGUGUGUUCCCAUACUACUGGCAUAUCAUAUCACAUCACGAGAGGAUGUUAUAAAAAAGAGUUUCUGCAAACCAGAUUACGGUUCACAUCAACAGCACAUUUGGUUUAUCGUUGUGCACACACUGUUCGUAUUCAUCUUUCCGGCAUUGGGUGUAAUAUUGAAUCAUUUGGGAGUACGACAAAAAUUGUGUGCACUGUCGCUUACGGCAAGAGCUGCUCAUGGUGAACUGCCAUUACCAAUGCCAAUAUUACGGAGGCCCACGCAUAUGAUUAUUGUUACUGGCAUGGCAAAUGCAGCACGGGGUGUAGUUGACGGUGAUAGUUCGGGGGACGAAGACAAUAAUGAAGAGGAAAAGAAAUUCAUGAUGGAAGCAAGAAUGAGAUGUAAUCCGAGGACACCGAGAUCCAUACAACGAGAACGGAAUUUCCAAUCAUCGAAAAAAAUCAAGGAAGACCGCAUUCCAUCAUCCGAAUUACCAUUGCCACAGACAUCAACAUUACGAUCACGUAGACGUCUAGCAAAUAUGUUAGUUGCUGCGGCGUUGAUUUUUGUGUGCUGUUGGUCACCUCAUGUCAUCUGUUAUUUAUGUUUCGAAUUGGGCUCGGCAAAUGUAUGUCCUAAGGUUGUAUCCGAGUUCAGUUUGCUGCUAGGUUACGCUCAUUCGUUCCUGAAUCCAAUUCUCUAUUGGAUAUUAAAUCACAAUACACUCAGACAAUCAUCAUCAUGCGCUCCAUUUUUGCGUUUGGCUGCUGUUCAACGAUUUAUUCGCGUACGAUUACGGGUUCCAACGGCACCACCACCACCAUCAUCAACAAAUGAAGCCGCACUUGGCCCGUUCAAUCCCAGGUACAUUAAAGCUCGACCGCAACAGUAUCGACCACCGGCAUCAUCCAUGAAUUUGUAUUGACUUUGGCGGAUUUUUCGUUUCAUUUGGCGGUUCGUGUGUUAAGUUAACGGUCUAGUAUGUUAUGCAUUGUAACAAGUAUCAGACAAAAUUUUUGUAAUUGAAAUUCUGCGGACGAUUCUUGAGAUGAUUAAUCAAUGGAAAUUUAUGAGCAAAUAAUUUGCUUGAAAGUGGGGCACGAGACGGACUAAGCAAAUCGAUUAUCAUAACUGACUCUACUUUUUAUGAAAAAUUUGUAUAGAAACGUCCUUGCUCUCACUGCUGAUUAAUAUUGGAAAUAAAUUAUGGAAAUUGGAAAUUCUCAUUUAGCUAAAUUGA